AUGGUCGCCAAGGAAGCAACGGAAGAAGAGAUUUCCCCCACUACUACCAAGAAAACCAAAGCGAAAAAGAAGACAAAGAAGACUAAAGCCUCUGUGAAGGCAUCUGUGAAGGGUGCCAGCAAGAAGAAAAAGAAGACCACAGCCUCUGCCAAAAAGACAACCAAGAAAGCAAAGACGAAAAAGAAAACUACCAAAGAAACCACCAAAAAGGCAACCAAGAAGAGCAAUAAAAAAGCUGAACCUGAUGACACCACUGUAGUUGCCAGCAGCACAACUGUCAAGACCAAGGACAAGCAGAGCUCUGCUCCUGAUAGUUCUGCUCCUGAAGAUACUGAUAGUCCUGAAGCAGUCAAUAAAGUUCAGGAAGCCAGAAACAAGAUGGCCAAGGAAGCCUCUUCUCAUUCUUUUCAGAAUGAUAAUCAGAACAAUCGAGCAAGAAACAGCAAUUACAACCCCAGAAACAGCUACAGCUACAACAAUAAUAGAAAGAGCAACUACAACAACCAGCGCAAUAAUAAUAAUAAUAAUGGAUCAUUAUCCACCAAAAAGCUACCCGCAUUGCAAGUGAGUGCGUCUCGCGAAUUCAAUCAACAAUUGAUUGGCUGUGAAAGUGCCAAGGAAUUGCUCCUGACACUUCAAAAUCAAAAGGGAGCUCUGACAUCGCCCGCGGGAGGAGGAAGACUCAAUUCCGUCAACUUUUCCACCGCCAUUCAUCGGAUUGCCCGCCAUUUGAAUAACUUUUUUCAGCAGCACAACAACAAUAAUCAGAAUAAUCAGCAGCAGCAGCAGCGACGGCAGCAAAAUCACAAUCCGCACAAUGAUGCCAAGCACAACCGGGCCGUGAUACUCUCAGAUCCACGGUUUGCCCUCUUUCUCUGCAGUUUGGCCGAAGCCCUGGGGGAAGUCCCCUACAUGUAUUCCUACAAGCAAUUCUAUCAAGACAAGGAUGGGAAUACCAAACGACAAAAGGUACCCUGUACGUUGCAAUUUGGAGCCCGGGACAUGUCCAAUAUUGCCUGGGCCGUGGCCAAAAUGAAAAUUGCACCCCCGCAAUCGGCAUCGCCUUUGCUGUCGCAACACAAUUACAAGACACUGCUGCUCAAUACGGCCAAACAAUUGCGCGAUAAAGUCGUCCAAGUCGCCAAGACCAAAACCACAUCUUCGUCGAGUCAUGAAGUCAAUGCCGAAGUAUGGAUUCCCACAUUGUCACUCUUGUGUGGACACGUCAUGGAUACCAUUGGCAUCACGGUGCUGCAGAGUUAUCAGCAACAUUCCGGUCCGCACGUGAAUAAUCCAUUUCAAGAACGUGCCAAUCUACUAUGGGCAUUGGCCACGGCACAACGGGCCAAUCCAGAAGUCUUUGAAGGAGUCAUUCAUCCCAUGGUGGCUGAUAUGGAACGACAAUUGUCAUCCUCCUCCGAAAAAACUAGUAAUAGUCAACAACAAUACGAGUUGCGACCACAAGAAUGGUCCAAUUCGAUUUGGGCGUUUGCCACGGCCCAAUGUUUUGGAGAAGGACAAGUACGGUUGCUCAUUUUCAUGGCCACCGUGUUGGAAACCGUGCCCGCAUUUGCCGGCAUGUUCAAACCACAAGAAUUCGCCAAUACGGCAUGGAGUGUCGCCACGUUGCUCAGUAAAAAGGGCAUUCAGGCCGUUGACGAGUCAGAACAAGCCGCGGCAUUGGUGAUACUACGGCACGUCGCACGUGCCGUAACCGACCGAGCGUCGCAAUUCAAAACACAAGAAUUGAGUAAUACCGCAUGGGCAUUUGCCACGUUGGGAUUUGGAAUGACGGCGGAUAGUACGGUGGCGUCGUCGUGGAACAGUCUCAAUGAUUACGUCUUGCUGAAAUCGGAUCAACCCCAACAAGACGAAGCAUUGCUACGAGACGCCACCACGGCCAUUUUAAAAGAUGCCUUGCCGCGAAUACACAAGUUUCGAUCACAGGAACUCAACAAUAUCGCAUGGGCAUUGGCACGCAUGGGACGUAAGGACGAGUUGGCCGAAUCCGUACUAGAGGCAAUCGGGUGGCAACUGGCAGAGGAACGACGAAGAGUGACAUCGCAGGACAUUGGAACGACGCUGUGGUCGUUUGCUUCCUUGGAGUACAAAAAUGACAAACUCUAUCGUGCCAUUGCUUCACGGCUCGCGGUAGAUCGUGCUCGAUUCUUCAAACCGCAAGAGUUGAGCAACACUGUAUGGGCCUUGGCCACUGCCGAAAUUGCACCCCAGUAUCCUGAUACGUUUGACUCGGUCUUGAUUCCACCCAAGCGACGCUUCCAGGGACCGCUGCGAAACAUUGAUGAUCCCAUUACUCGAUGUUUUGGAGUAGCUGCCGAACAACUCAUGCGACGACCAUUCGAAUUCAAAUCGCAGGAGCUGAAAGAUGUCUUGUACAGUUUCUCCAAGAUUGGAAUUCGUCACCCCGAUUUGUUCAAGUCCACAGCAGAACAUCUUGUGGGAAGCGACGAUACACAACAGAAAUCGAGAAACAGCAACAAUCACCGGCGUGGUAGCAAUAAUCGAGUCAGGGGUUUUGAUGACUUUUCUCCCCAGGGGCUGGGGAACAUGGCAUGGGCGUAUGCUCGUCAAGCACAGCUGGUGGAAGAUGUCAACAAGCGAAACGACAUUUCUGCCACUGUGGCGACAAAGACUGGUAAAAUGGCAGUGUAUGCUACGAGUUUCUUUGAUGUGGGUGAGGGGUUGGUUCAUCGAUUGUUUGGUGAGAUUGCGGAGGCCAAUCUUCGAGUUCAUGACAACUUGGAACGGCUCAAACCACAAGAUAUCUCCAAUACAGCGUGGGCCAUGGCGCUGCUGGGUAUGAAGCACAGGCAGUUCUUGGACGCUGCAUACCAACAACUUAUCGAACGAGCCGAGCAAUUCAUGCAGGGACGAAAAAACGCAAUGACCAUUUUCAAAGGACAGGAAAUUUGCAAUCUACUUUGGGCCUUUGCGAUUCUCAACUUUCCUGCCCGUGAUAUCGGGUCGACCAUUGGUCCAUACAUGAUUCGAGCCACAGGAUGCCAGACGAAUGACUCAUCAGACUCGUUUGACAUUGAGCGAAUCGCUCGCAUGUUCAAGCGAAUGGAACUUGGCAACAUUGCGUGGAGUUGUGCUGUCUUUGGAGACUUUGAACCAGAAUUGAUGAGAUUCCUGUAUAGUGGAUUGAUUGGAGCGUCAUCAGGCACUGGCGGAAGUAGCAGCAUGGAAGACCUAAACCAGUGCUUUGGUGACGGAGGCUUGCAAAGCGAAGCGGUGAUGAGUUUGAUAUAUUUGCAGCUUGCAAUGGAGUUGGAACGGAAAAACAACGGUCUAUGUUUCCCAGGGGACUUUCCGGACGGCUGGACCCGUCAGUCACUUGCUCACAGGAGCAACGGAUUUGGUGAGCUGGAGUUUGCGUUGCAGCUUAGCACGAGCAAUCUACAAAAGGAUGUGAGCAAAGCCUUUCACCGUAUUGGUUUUGACCAUGUUCUGGAGCAUGUGAUACGGUUAGACGAGCUACUGGAGAACAAUGGAGAACCUCUUGCUGCGGUUCCUUUGGAUGUUCUUUCGAUUGACAUUGCGGACGUGCAAGCCCGUAUUGCCGUGGAAGUUGACGGGCCGACCCAUUUCGUCACUGACAUUGAAAUGACAGCGGACCAAGGCUACCCCAAGGUACACAAAGGGCGCUUGGACUACAGUUUCAAAAUGAGCAGAGACCGGAAUCCUGUGAAUGGUCCGACUGCACUGAAAGAGCGGUUGCUUGGCCUCUUGGGGUGGAAGACUAUCAACAUACCGUUUUGGGAGUGGUAUGACUUGAACGGAGACGAGAAGCUCGAAGAGGAGUAUUGUCGCCGUCUUUUGGAACAAGCAAAGCAGUGA